GAUCGCCUGUUCCAGUAGAGGCGAAGCUUUACGUCCUUCCUUAGGCAGCACCUCCGUGCAUCACGCUGCAUAGUCGUUCCUCCUCUCAAUCUUAAAAAGGAGAUCCAUUUCGUCAUAAAGCCAGCGAAUUGGGAAGUGCGUUAUCGGCAGUUGUGAUCGGUAGCCCGAAAAUGGCUUCCAGCGUGCGAAUUUCGUUACUAAUCGUCGUCCUUGUCAGCGUAACGGGGGUUUUCGCCCAGCGUCAAGCCUCUCCGUGGCGUCCCCCCUCAAGAUAAGGCACUGUUCUCUGGCGACGUGAUUUCGUGCCGGGAUGGUUCCAGGAAGGUUCACAUUUCGCGAGUCAACGACGACUUCUGUGACUGCCCUGACGGCACGGACGAGCCAGGCACUUCGGCGUGCCCCAACGCCUCCUUCUUCUGUCGCAACCGAGGGCACAAUCCCCUCCGCAUCUUCUCGUCACGCGUAAAUGACGGCAUCUGCGAUUGCUGCGAUGGUAGUGACGAGUACGAUGGAAGCGUUGUUUGCCCCAACACGUGUGCGCAGGCCGGGGCGGCGAGGCGGCAACAGCUGGCAGCUGACGUGGCGAAGUACAAGGAGGGGGGUGAGGCAGAGGCAGAGGGCGAUCGAGGAGUGGCGAGAGAAGAAGGGGCGGAUGCAGGAGGAGAGGGGGCGGCUGGAGGAGGAAGAGAGGCAGCUGCAGGAGAAGGAGAAGGCGCUCAAAGAGAGGAAGGAGGCUCUGGAGAAGAUAGAGGAGGAGGAGAAGGAGAAGCAGAGGAAGAUAGAGGAGGAAGAGGCGGCUAGAAGGAAGGCAGAGGAGGAGAAGCUGCAGCCACCACCUGCCGAACCUACCGAACCUGCCACCGAACCUGCUGCCACUGAAGCUGCUUCUUACCGAACCUGAUGCUGUCGAGCCUGACACUGCCGAGCCUGCAGCAAACUGAGCCUGCUGCGGCCGAGCCUGAGUCUGCGUCUGCCACAGGGAAGGCAGUGUUGGGGGAGCCGCUUAGUGCUUCUGAUGCUGCUGCUGAUGCCGCUGCCAAUGCUGCUGCCGAUGCUGCUACUGA